AUGAUUCGGUCUCUAUCGAUUAUCCUUGUAUGGAUCCUUGCUGUCGAAGCAGGGCGAAUCACGCUCUACUCAGGAUUAGCAGUUGAAGACAGAGGAAAUGGUACAGAGGAAGAAAAGUGGAAUAACGAGAUAGAUAAUGGCGAUAAUGAUGAUGAUGAUGAAAAUUUCACAAAUGAAAAUUCCCAGGAUAGCGAUAUUUAUGUCAGGAAUAAAUUCAUGCCACAAAUAUUAUUUGCUCAGAAAGACAAAAUAAUUGAAUGGAAAGAUAGUGAUUACGAGAAGGGACAUUUAAUUAACGAUGAAUUUCAGAACGACAACAACACCAUAACUGAAAUUAUAAUUAACAAUGUAAAGGGUAUUGGAAGCAAUGGCGAAAACGUUUCCAAGAGAGGAAAAGAUGAAAUUGAUAAAACUGAAGAUUGGUCUUCUACUGAAGGAACAAAUAUAGUCGACUACUUACACAGUAUCUCUUCAACACCAAAAGAUCAUGUUUGGACGGAAGAAGGAAUCAUUGAUGAGGAUUUCGAUGUUGUCAUUAAAACAAAUGUAAAACGAGUGAAACGUGCGUCGCGAGCCGGUAAUUCUCGCAGAGUGAAACUAAUGCAAGACCGUCGUAACAAUCGCUUAGAUGACAGCAACUCAUUGGAAAAUUCGAAUCAUCAUAAACACGAAGUAAAAGACAACUGAUAAAGAAGUGGUUUUAAUGAUUGCUUUUCAAGCGAAUAAAAU